AUGAAGACUGGCACUUUAACAGCUGUGUCAAAACGCAAGACGCGGAGUGGCUGUCUGACGUGCAAAUCUCGGCGUGUCAAAUGUGACGAGACCAAGCCAUCAUGCUUGCGUUGUAUCGCAACAAAACGAAUUUGCGAGGGUUAUUCAAAUCCCCCGCAGCAGGCCCUGUCAUUCGACUCUUUAACUGACGACGAACGUCGAGCGUUCCUCCUCUUCCGCAGUCGAACUGCCCAUCGAAUAUUUGGCCACCGCGAUGUGGAGGACUGGCUUCCCACGCUACUGCAAAUUGGUCACAGCGAGGCCCCAGUUAAGCAUGCCAUUACUGCAUUGGCAUCGCUUCAUGAGAGUUUGGAACCCGGGAAUGCUUCUACCUCCAUACGUCGAUCAGGGAAAAACGCUGAGAUCUCAGCACAAAUGUUGGCAUUGAAACACUAUACAUCUGCAAUCAAGUCCGUGCAAACAGAAUCGCCCAACAUGUCCCAUCGACCGGACAUUGUCCUUACCCUCUGUAUUCUUUUCAUUUGUUUCGAGCAAUUCCGAACUGGCGAUGCUGCUUGUCUCCUCCACCUUAGGGCAGGUUUUAAACUACUGUAUUGGUGGAGGUGCAACACUGCGACAUACGGGAAACUACAAGAGUACUCUCGAACAACCCUCGACUUCGUCAAUAAUAAGAUCACCCCGAUCCUGCAGCGGUUGCGCGUGCAAUUCUCUCUAUGCAUGGACUCUCGGCAUGCGUUGAAAGAUCUCGGCGUUCCCCUUUGCCUACCGCUUCCGACAAUUCCAUCGACAUACAGCUCCCGAAAUUCUGCCCGUUUGGACUUUGACCGAGUGAUGAAUCAUGUCUUCUCAUCUUCAGAGCGUGGUAUACCCACGAUAUAUCAAGCUCCAAGACGAGCCCCUAGCACUGUUUUACGCCAGUGGAAGAGUGCUCUUGACUCCUCUCAAUUCUCCGGAGAGUCUUCAGUAUUGCAAGACUGCACAAUCAAGCUCUUGAAUCUUUACUACCACAUUUCAAUAAUCAUAGCUGAGACAUACUUCUCCCAGAGUGAAAUGAUAUUUGACAACUAUCUCGGUCACUUUCAAACCGCUGUCGAACUCGCCGAGAAUAUCAGUAGAUCGUGGCAAGAUGAACCGCAGAACUUUAGUCUGAUUUUCAGCUUUGACCUUGGACUCACCCCACCUCUAUUUCUUGUCGCUUCCCGAUGCCGCCACCCUCUAAUCCGACGAAGGGCCGUGAAUAUGAUGCUCCACUCCCCCUCUAUCAAGGAGCUUGGAAAGAUCGAUACUCCGGCCUAUGUGCGCAACGAAUAA